GCGGCUCCUCCCACCUCCUAAAUGCCUUGCGGAGGGGACAGCCGCCCUCGGCCUGGACCCAGCGUCUGCGACGACCGGCCGCGCGCCUGUGGCUCUGUCCGCCGCGUUGCGGCUCUGAGCGUGCGGUGGCUGCAGCCCCACCGGGCCGCGGGGGCGUGCGAGGCGCAGGUGACUCUGGAGGAAGGGAAUCAUCGUUUUGGGUAAACGAAGUGAGUCCAGAACUGGACAGGGCCCAACGGCAUUCACUCACGGCUCUUUGACAACUUUCCUCUUGGAAUCUACCCUGUGGUUUAGCUUUCCAACCAGAGUGUCAUCAGAGCCAGAAGAAAGUUUCAGUCACCCGUGGUCCACUGUGGUCCAGAAGCAGAUGGUCCCCAUUUGGACCUAUUGUCAGAAGGUUGGUAGUAGCCCAGCGCGACAUCACACGCCUGCGUCACACACCUCACAUCAUCUCAUCACGUGGGCAUUUCAUCAUCUCACGUCAUCACAAGAAGGAUGGCUUACAUGAAGAUGCGCCUGCUGUACAUUUCCCUGGUGCUCCUGGGAGCCCUCUGUUUGUAUUUUAGCAUGUACAGUCGGACUCCUUUUAAAGAGGAGCCGUUUGUUUUCAAGAAAGAAAGGGGGAACUUCCUCCAGCUUCCAGAUAUCAACUGCAAGCAGGAUCCCCCUUUCCUUGUCCUACUGGUGACCUCCUCCCAUGAACAGAUGUUUGCUCGCACGGUCAUCCGGAACACGUGGGGGAAAGAAAAAAAUGUGAACGGAAAACGCAUAAAAACCUUCUUCCUUCUGGGAGCCACAGCCAAUAAGGACCUGUCGAAAGUCAUCGCGCAGGAAAGCCAGCGGCAUCGCGACAUUAUCCAGAAGGACUUCAUGGACGCCUACUUCAACCUGACCCUGAAGACCAUGAUGGGUAUCGAGUGGAUCCACCGCUUCUGUCCUCAGGCGGCUUUCGUGAUGAAAACGGACUCGGACAUGUUUGUCAACAUCUACUACCUGACCGAGCUGCUCCUCAGGAAAAACAGAACCACUCGAUUUUUCACUGGCUUCUUGAAACUGAACGAGUUUCCGAUUAGGGACAAGCACAACAAGUGGUUUGUCAGUAAGUACGAGUAUCCGUGGGAGAAGUACCCGCCCUUUUGCUCGGGCACUGGCUACGUGUUUUCCAGCGAUGUGGCGAGUCAGGUGUAUGAAGUGUCCGAGAGCGUCCCGUUCAUUAAACUUGAAGAUGUCUUCGUGGGGCUCUGCCUGGCGAAACUGAAAAUCAGGCUGGAGGAACUCCACUCGGAGCAGACCUUUUUCCCAAACGGACUGGCCUUUUCCACGUGUCGUUUUAAGAAGAUUGUGGCCUGCCAUUUCGUCAAGCCUCGCAACAUGCUCAGCUAUUGGCAGGCUCUGGAAAAUUCCCUGGAAGACGAGUGUCCAGCUGUCUGAGGGGAGCCCAGCGGCCCACGUGGACACACUUGAGGCAGCCCGCACCGAGAGUGUCGGAAGAUCUUCAGGCGGCAUCGCUGAGGAUCACUGUGCGGGCAGGGGGGAGUGAAGAGGGAGGAGGGGGAGUCAGGUGAGGGUGAUUCCCUGUAGGGCUGCCUGUCUAGCGGAGUCUGUAAGCCUGAGCAAAACCACUUGGUGCCCAAGCAAUAACAGAUGCCAUCUCUUGAUGCACCUCUGCACUGAGUGCCUGACGCAUGCCUCCAUUUUCCCAUUUCUAGGAUCAGUGUCUCCGUGUCACGAUGGGUGGUGGCAUCCCCCACUUACACACCAGGCAACAGUAGCUUACAGAAACACAGGGCCUUGUCCCACGUCUCCCAGCCAACAAAUCCUGGGGCAGGGAUGGAAAUCCAGUGCUGUAAAAACCCAGGCACAGCCCCUGGCUCGAGGCCACCCUUCGGUCCUGCCUCCCUUGGCAGGGAGUGGAGGCCAGCAGGGCUCAGAAGCAGGCCUGAUGGUGGCCCCUUCGGUUCCUUUCAAGAGUCCCGUCCGCUUCAGCUCCCAGGCCUUGAGCUUUCAGGGCCGUCCCUGGGGAAAUCUGCAAGGCUUCACUCACUGCAUUGGACCCAUUCGGGACGCUGAGUCCCUGUGAGCACUCAGCAUUCAGCUCACGGCAGAACAAGCCCAUUCCCCACCAUCGCCCCUAAGAAACGGCCACCUUGAGGCAGGAACCGUGGUUAUAGCUUUGGUUUUGAAAUAACUGCAAAGCCUGGCCUGUUAAUCAGACUUCUUGGCCAGCGUCCCCAAGGACACUGCGUGAGCUCACUGAAAGGAACUCUGGUCAAGGGGUGCUGUCUUCCUGAGCCUGCUUCUCAUGCCUGGCCCAAGCUCAUCUUUUUGGAGUUUCUCAGAUGGCCAGGGAAGAACUGAGUUUGUGGAGUGGAGGUUGACCUUCUAUUUCCUUCAGCCCAGAAGUUUGUAGGAACCUGUUCUGCAUUCAGGCUGUGGAGGCGAGACCCUGCUUGGCAGGGGUCUUCACCCAUCCAGUUGCUGUGGGAUUAGAUGCAAAGUCGCCUUUCUUCUGGUCCUAGGAAUGAUUCAGACUUAUAUUUUACUUUACCUGACUUGACUUUACCAGCACACACAGUGAAGGCCUCACAUGCCUGGAUAACCCACAGAUGCCGGGCCAAGCUCCUACCUGUGCCCAGGAGGAGGUAUUUGCUGCAAAAUGCCUGUGGCCACAUGAACUUCAACAGCAUUUCUCACAUCUGCUGCUUCUCUGCAGAUGUGUUUCCUUAUCUUGGCUGCUCGUACAUGCUGGGCCAUGUUCAGAAAACCUUCCUUCUCAGCUGGGACAGUCAGGGACUGAGCUUACUGUUGGAAGCCCAGAUUUUGCUGGAGCCCUGGUCCUGCAGGAGGGCUGUCCCCUGAUUCGGUAGAUAAUGGUGGUAGGGGGUGUCGAGGGUGAAGGAACUUGUCCGGGAGCAGGGCGGGGUCUAUGCCUAGAUGUCCACCCCUUGUGGCCACUGGGCUCUGUGGGAGGUGUGGGGGACUCAGGAUCGGGCCUUCUCAUCAGCCUGUAAUUCAGUCACAGGGACCAUGUGCACAGGUGUGGGUCUGCCACCCGAGUCGGGUUCUUGGGUCUAACAACUCUAGAAGUGAGGCAGGAUCCAAAAGUCUAAGGCACAGGCAGCAUUCUAUUGGACAAAGGUCCCACCAGUGUUCCCACUCCUGUCUCUUAUGCUAAGGGACGGAAAAGUGCCUUGUCCCAGUUGGUGGAUGUGAGCAGGCAACCCAGCAGCUCACGGUGUUUUUGGAGCUGUGGUCGUUCAGGUUGAUGGUGUCUCCAUUUGUUCCUGCCUCAGCAGGAUAUGGGCCCGGCUGUUGUUUGAAGUCCUGCUGGUUGUGGGUUGGACCCUGGUUCUGCUCUGUGAGAAAAUCAGUUCAGGAAGAACAGCCGACUGGAAGUGUCCCACGUGCAUAAUGUUUUUCAUUAGAGUCUUGUUCCUAUGGUCCCUGACUGCCUUAUGUUCCCCCCAGAGAGGUUUCAUCCACCUGAUGCUUAUGGGGAGCAUGGUUGGAGGUCUCAUCUCCUGUGUCUACAUCCUGCUGAUCAAGGACGUAGAUGCUGCCUCUCAUUGGAGGUCAUGGCAAUGUCUCGCCUUCUGAUUUAACUCUGCUGUGGAAACGUGGUCCCCAGCGGAUAUGGGCUGAAUCCCUGUGUGAGCAUCAGCUGGAUCUGGGGCUGUUGUCAUCCUGAGGACACAAAUUUGACAAGUAAAUUAAAGAAACAUGAUCCAAAUAGAAAGAGCAGUGAAAUGGCUACUAAGGUCAUGAGGAAAGGCAAGAACCAGGUAACACUUGGCAGGUACCCCUUGAUGGAGUCCCAGAUGGUUUGAAUGUGGGGGUCUUAAAAUGAUGGAGCCAGGAGGCCUUUUGGAGGAUGAUGUCAUCCCUUUGUUCUCUUCUCCAGAAACAUGAAUGUAGAAACAAUAAGAUGGGUUUGCAAUAGUACAUACUUGCCCUGGUCCAGCCAGUGAGAGUCCAAGGCUAACUGGUGAUCUAAAACCAUGGAAGCCAGAGUCUCAUGAUCUUAGAUAAGCUCAAAUUCCUGUCCGGUUUCAGCCCCAACUGUGGAUACAGGGGCUGUGACAUUUUGUGUGGCAGCAUCAUUGUACAUUAUUCUCCUGCCUGAUCCUAUCAAGGAUCCAAACCAGGGGAAUCCUCUGGCGAUCAGCAGUCCUACGGUUCCCCUGGACCUUUGUGGUGAUAGCUGAGUGUUAGAAGGGUUAUUGGCAGGGGAAGGUGCUACAUGUCUCACAGCCCAGUCGCCACUAGUAUUGCUGGUAUUAAGACAUUGAACUACUGUCCCCUUCCCAUCUGCCAUUCCUAGGAAGACUGUUCCUUUAGCUAGACCAAGAAGUCCUGGGGGGGGGCACUGAGGGGGCGAGUGGUGGUGAGAUGUCCACAGGGAGCACUUGUCAUUAUCAGGGUCUCCUUCAUCAGCAGUGCCAUACACCUGUGGCCCUGUGUGACAGUCUGGGUAACUGGGGCACCAAGGCCAUAUGUUCUAGACCAUAUCCCAUGUUUGAGCUGUGGAGGGUAUUGCUGCAUAUAAAGGGGGACAGGACUGGGGGUGGGGUUAACCACACUUUUUGGGGAGCAGCUGCAUGGAAUGGUACUAAGUAUUGUGGGCUCCUUUGGCAGUCAGGUUAUCGGUGGAGGGCCCAAAAGGAUCAUAAGAAGGGUCAUGUGGGGGCGGCCUGGGAUCUACCUUGGUAUACCGGUGAUGGCUGAUCGAUAGAAACAUGUUGUUGUAAUCAGGUCAGUGGGCGUUGGGUGGAUGCAGAGGAUGGGGUUUGUGUGAGGUUUGGCUCUGUAAAUGGGGUGGGCUUGGACCUGGGACCACUCUGCAGGCUUGCCCCACUGAACAUCUUUAUGGGCCUCUCCAGGGUCUUGUUCAUGACAUACCCAGUGGUCUGAUAAGUUUCUAGUGUGGUCUGAGACAGUGUUUUAGUAAUUUGGAGCAAAAAAUUUUCUUCCCCUUUCCCCACAUUUUACUUUAUACCCUAUUACGAUCAGGGAAGACAUAAGCACCAGGACAAGAAGGGGUAUAGUUAGUUUUAUUUUUCCUUCACCUAGCAGGGACAAAAGAGGUAUAAUAGGAUAAGAGAACAGACCCAGAGCCAUCCCAGGAAAUGUUAGACUGAACUGGACCCCUUAUCCAGCAGGGACAAACCAGGUGCUUUACAGGGGGUGGGGCUGCUCCAAGCAGCAAAAUUAUGGGAGACACAGAUGUAAGACAAGAAGGUGUUGGGGACAGUGGUCCACCAUGUUCCUUACCUGUUUGCAGUGAUGACUGU